AUGGAGCUUUUGAAAAAAUAUGACUCAUUUAUUGUAAAUAAUGCAGCACAAAUUAGUUCAAUUGAAAGUACUUUAAGGACUUUGACCUACAUACUGCCUGGACGUUUUGAAGACGCUGAAUUUGCCUCAGAAGCACCAAGGGCAGCAACUCGCCUUCCUCCAACAAAGAAGCCUGUGCCUUCCCAACAUGCUCGAUACACACGUUAUUGGAUGCGCUCAUCAAAGUUGUACCAAAGUGCAGCCGUGAUGCUGACGUUGUUACAACACACGAGCGUGCUGUUAGAAAUGGGAGCGCAGAAGAAGUGGGGACAGGAUACAAAAUGGAAGUUGAUUAUGAUAGCAGAGAUCGUAAAGGUGGUCUGUCGCAUUAUGAUCUUGCGGAAAACCAGCCAUCGAUCAGUAACCGAACCUGCAAUACCUCGUCGUGAAAUCGACCCGUCGAUCUUUGAUGCGGAAAAGAUCGCAUACCCAUUGGAAUCCAAAGGCAAUGGUACCCUCCAAAGCUCUCCUAUAACACGCGAACACUAUCACGUGAACGAUACUUGGGUUGGACAGAGAACUGGUCGUACUAGACCAAAGCUAACCGUAGCGCUUUCGAUGUCACCCAAAGACUAUUUAGUAAGCAGGACAUUAUUGGUGGAGGACGUUAGAAAACCAAAAGAUUUGGUACAUAGGAUAGAGGGCAUUGGUAAAGUUGGGGAAUACUUGCAUGUUAUUAGGCCUUUGAUUUAUGUGCUUGCAAUUAGAAAGUGGGGAAAUCGGGCUUGGCGACCGUGGAUAAUCUCUUUAAUAAUCGAGCUACUGUCCCGAUAUAUCGCUUAUUACUACUAUACGACUCGGAUACCCGGCGGUCAUCGCUGGUUGUCCACACUUGAGAAGGAAGAACAAAUGCGAAGAUUACGUCAAGUAUGGUAUUAUCUUUUACGAGGGCCUUUAUACGAAAAAUUCACAAAAAUAUACAUCAAUGGUUUCUGUGAUGCUGUCAGCACAAAACCUCUUAUUUCACUCCUCGGGAGCAUAUUGAGAGACUAUCAACCACUUUGGGAGAAUAUCCAUUAUUAUACAUCGUCAUGA